AUGCUAGAGAUUGAAGAAAUGUCUAAAGAACAUAUACCAGAAGAGUUAGUGAUGAAAAUCUUUGUUAGGCUCCCCGUAAAGUCUAUACUGCGAUUCCGAACCUUAAACAAAUCCUACAAUGCUCUCACCAGAGAAACCAGUUUCAUCACUAAACAUCUUUAUCACUCCAUUGAAAAGGCAAAAAAAAAUCCUAACUUUAUGAUCUUUCACCAAACAAACAAGCUUGUCAAUUCAACAGUCUCUGAAGAUGAACAAUCACAACCCCAUUCCAUUUAUCUGAAUCCACCAUUCAUCUCAGUACAUGUAAACAACAUCGGAGCCUGCUCUCAUUUCAAUGGCAUCAUCUACCUUGAACUGUUUGGUGUUCCUCUUAGACCCAAUCCAAAGAUUCUCUGGAAUCCAGCCACCAGAGAAGUAAGGUUUCCACCUUUCCUUCCUCAAAUGAAACCCACGCUCUUUACCCUCUUCCAUGGGGUACACGGGUUCGGUGUUAACCCCAUAACAAAUGACUUCAAGGUCGUAAACAUUAUAGUGGAUGCAGAGAUUUGGGAUGGAGGUGAUAGAAAGCUCAUUGGUCAGGUAUACAACCUUCAUUCUGAUUCAUGGAAAGUGGUUAAUGCCGGUGUCCUUGCUUAUUUCAUAUAUAAAUCCAUGUUUAAAGCUUAUCUGAAUGGGGUUUAUCAUUGGUUAGCCAUAUCUUCUCUACGUGAUCAUGUUGAAUUCGUGCUAUGUUUUGACAUGAGUGAUGAUGUGUUUUGGAAAAUGAACCUGCCCCAAUUUCCAUCCCAAGAGGAGAAUAAUGAAUUGUGCGUAUCCAAUCAUAAUGUUGUUGUUUUGAAUGAUCGUAUUGGUUAUGUUAGGGAGUACACCAUGCCUUUUGAAAUUCAGUUUGAGAUUUGGGUGAUGAAUGACUAUGGGGUGGAAGGUUUCUGGGUCAGAAUGUUUAACAUUGCGCGUGGAACCGGUCUGGGCAAGAUUUUGGAGAUCUGGAAAGAUGAUAAUGAUGAUGAUGUUGUUGUGCUUGGAGGGGAAGAACAUCAUCCAUUGGUUUUGUACAAGAUUGGUCAACAACAGGUGGUGAAAGAGUUUAAUGUUUGCUUCAGAGCUGAGCAUCGUGUAGUUAGAUAUGUGGAAAGUUUUCUUCGCUUGUCUGGCUUGGUUGAUGAGGAAGCUUGA